AUUUUAUUUGCCGGUUCCGAUCAAAGUGAGUCAGUUAACCGUCGUCGUUCGCUCGCGUCGAUACUCCACUCAAGCGCAUCUAAGGCUUCAGCCGUGUUCGAUUACAAUAGUAAAACACUAAAAUGUAUAAAGAUGGUGAUUCUUAAACUCGAGAAAUGCCGUUGUGAUACUAAUGUGACCGAGAUAUUCGCGUUGUUUUUCGAACCUAAUCAUCCUAAGAGAUUUUAUAAGUACAGUUGACCAAAGUCCCAAUAGUUCCGGGAUCUUUGGUUUGUAUUCUGGAACGUUAUCAGUGAAUCCGACAAGCCAGCUACAUAGUUUAAAAAAAGUGUUCGUUUUGUACGUUUCAAAAAUUUCGUAUUUGGAAUUCGAUUAAAAACUUUGACGUUUUAUUUUUUCUUCAAAAAAUGGAGAAGGUGAGGUAUCCGAGGAUUCACUCUUAUGGGAGCAUGAGCUCUGGGCGAAGCGAUGAUGACAUGACAGUUCACAGUCAGUUGUUUCCAUACUCGAAAAAGAUGCAGAUAGAGAGAGAAACACUGUACGAAGAAGAACAUCCACCAUUCCAACCUCUAUUUGCUACUUCGAAAUAUUUUGGGAAAGCGAGGUUCACUUGCCUGCUUGUGAUUUAUAUAUUUUUCUAUUUAGUCUAUCUGAUAUCUGGCGCCUUUGUGUUCUCUGCCUUGGAAGCGCCGUUGGAGAAUCAGAUCAGACUUGACGUCAUCAGGGCCAAACAAGACUUUAUGGUCCGCCACCCUGAUGUGACAGAUGAGGACCUGGAAACAUUACUGGACGAGGUGAUCCGAGCGAGCAACCGUGGCGUGACAGCAUCUAGGAACGUCAGCGGGGGUCCUAAUUGGAGCUUUGGACAGUCGCUGUUCUUCUCGUCGACCGUCGUGACUACUAUUGGAUACGGUCACGUGACGCCACUGUCGAAACCCGGAAAACUGUUUUGUAUGGUGUACGCUCUGCUCGGGAUUCCCUUAACGCUGGUGCUUCUCUCCGCGCUAGUAGAGCGGCUGCUGCUACCGGCGACCGCUAUGCUAAGAGCUCUCAACGCCUCGCUAGGGCACCUCUAUAGGCCAUUCACGAUACGACUUGUGCAUUUAAUGAUCAUAGUGCUGGUACUGGUAUUGUUCUUCCUGGUGGUGCCUGCGAGCAUCUUCGCGGCUAUCGAACCCGGUUGGGACUUUUUGGACUCGUUCUACUACUGUUUCAUUUCGCUCACAACCAUCGGCCUCGGGGACUACAUACCCGGGGAUGCUCCAGGUCAAACUUAUCGGCCCCUCUACAAAGUUGCUACCACUUUCUACCUGCUCAUCGGCCUGACAUUCCUGAUGCUGACGCUGACCGUAUUCUACGACAUACCGCAAUUGAACCUAAGCACCGUGUUCUCGUCCGUGAAACUGGACGAGGAUCCGGAGAAGAUGCGUCUAAGCGGUUCCGGCGCGCUGCCCGGGUACGGCCUGGGCGGGCUGGUGAUGCGCGACGAGUACGCGCCGCACGACCAGCGCCGCUCCGUCGUGCACAUCCGCCCGCACCUCGACGACAGCCCCAGCCCCGAGGACACCACGCCCGUGCACGCGCGCGACUUCAGGGUCCACUGAAGCCGCACCACCGACCCAGGCCAAUAGCAGCCCGACCGACCGACUCAUUAGCUGCGACUAGACAUUAAAAAAGACAAAAGAACAAAAGGAAAUUAUAUAGAUCGCAAUAGACACAGAUAAAAAAAACUAUUUUUUUUAAUAUUAUUAAUUACUUACUCAGAAAACGUUAUUAGAACUGUUUGUAAAAAGCAACUCGCAUAUUUAUAAAUUUUCCUUAAAAAAAUUAUAAGUUCCGUUGUGAAAAUUUUAUAAUUUUACGAUUCAACUGCAGUAAAGCCUUAGAAAUAUAAAUACCGAUUUAUAGUUUGUCAUUUUUUGUAUACGUGCUUUAAAAUUAGCUAAUUUCGAACCUUUUGAGUUUAUUUGAAUUUUCGAAAUACCUUUUAAUAAAUAAAUAAUAUCAUUCUCAUAGCUAUAGUUUAGGUCGUAGCUAGAGUCUCAGGCGGUCGUAGGCCUGGAGCCUGAUUUACGUUGCUCCAGUGUUUCGUUCCAGCGACUCUGUGUUCCAACUGGAUGGGAACAGGUUUCGAAUCGCGCUGUUAUAUUUGGUCGGAUACUUGAUCGUCCUCACUUAUUAGUCGACGGACACGCGAUAAG